CGGCAAACAUCGAAAGCCGUUUCAUUUUAUUUGUUCGGCACCGGACUCUUCUGUUACUUAUUCAUGUUGUUGAAUGAAAUUGUUGUAAAUUUUGGUAAUUAUUAUUGUUAUCUCGUACUUGUUAUCAGUUAUUUAGUAAAAACUUUAUAAGCAAGUGUUAAGAUGUCUUCAAUUUACGACAAUUUGCCUUUGGAGCAUCCUCGCAAAUUGAUACCGGCUUUAUGUCAACAGUUUUAUCAUUUGGGAUGGGUUACUGGUACCGGUGGUGGUAUUUCGAUUAAAUUGAACAAUGAAAUUUACAUAGCUCCCAGUGGUGUACAAAAGGAACGCAUUUUACCCGAAGAUUUAUUUGUACAGGACGAAGAGGGCAAAGAUAUACAAAUUCCGCCCGAUUAUAAGCAUUUAUCCAAAAGUCAAUGUACACCACUCUUUAUGUUGGCCUAUCGUCAUCGUAAUGCGGGCGCUGUUAUACACACACAUUCCCAGCAUGCUGUUAUGGCUACUUUAUUGUGGCCCGGAGAGGAAUUCCGUUGCACUCACUUGGAAAUGAUUAAAGGCAUUUUUGAUGAUGAAUCAAAACGUUAUUUACGUUAUGAUGAAAAAUUGGUGGUGCCUAUUAUAGAGAAUACUCCGUUCGAAAGAGAUUUGGCGGAUUCUAUGUAUGCAGCCAUGAUGAAAUAUCCUGGUUGUUCAGCGAUUUUAGUGAGACGUCAUGGUGUUUAUGUUUGGGGUGCCACAUGGGAAAAGGCCAAAACUAUGGCGGAAUGUUAUGAUUAUUUGUUUUCGGUGGCGGUUGAAAUGAAGAAAGCCGGUUUAGAUCCUGAAAAGUUUCCUUAAACAUUAAAAUAUUUUGUUAAUAAUUUUUGUUUGUAUUUUAAGUUAAAAAUACAUAUUCUUGGUUUAUUUUUUGUUUAAAAAAUUAAAAAAUCUCUGAAAAAUUAUAAAUUGUAUAACAUAAAAAAAUAAUAAAAACAAAAAUUCUGGCAUCACAUUCGAUGACUUGGUAGCUAGUGA